CGCGCCGCGCCGUAGCCGGGCUGUGGUCCCGCUGCCUCUUGCCUGCCAAGCCCCAGCCGCGCAGAGAAGCAGGCGCCUCCUCGGGAUCAUGGCCGCCGCUGCUUCAUCCCUCCCGGGCGCUGACGGGAGACGCCCCCGACGCGGAGGAGGCGCGGAACCGGGAAGGGAGAGGCUCCAGGACGACGGGGUCCGGACCUUGACUUCGGUGGAGCAGACAAAAGUAGAGGACAUAGUCCAAGAGGUCUUUGAUGCUUACAAGACAAAUCAUCAUGACAGGUUUCUUUUGCAUAGGGACAAACACUUCCACUAUCUGAAGAGAGGACUAAGGCAAUUGACAGAUGCCUAUGAGUGUCUGGAUGCCAGCCGGCCUUGGCUCUGCUACUGGAUCCUGCAUAGUCUGGAAUUGCUGGAGGAACCCAUCUCAGAAUCGGUCGCUUCAGAUGUGUGCCAGUUUCUGAGUCGCUGUCAGAGCCCCAGUGGAGGCUUUGGAGGGGGGCCUGGCCAGCACCCACAUCUUGCGCCCACUUAUGCAGCUGUCAAUGCUCUCUGCAUUAUCGGCACUGAGGAGGCAUACAGUGUUAUCAACAGGGAGAAGCUUCUAGAGUAUUUGUAUUCCUUGAAACAGCCUGACGGCUCCUUCAUCAUGCACAUAGGGGGAGAGGUAGAUGUCAGGAGUGCCUACUGUGCUGCAUCAGUGGCUUCACUUACCAACAUUAUUACACCAACUCUUUUUGAAAGGACAGCAGAAUGGAUAGCAAGAUGUCAGAAUUGGGAAGGUGGUAUUGGUGGUGUCCCUGGUAUGGAGGCACAUGGAGGAUACACCUUCUGUGGACUAGCAGCGCUGGUCAUUCUGAAAAGUGAACACGUUUUGAAUUUGAAAAGUUUGUUGCACUGGGUUACGAGCCGACAGAUGCGAUUUGAAGGUGGGUUUCAGGGGCGUUGUAACAAGCUGGUUGAUGGCUGCUAUUCAUUCUGGCAGGCUGGUUUACUGCCUCUCUUACAUCGAGCGCUGCAUGCCAGAGGUGAUCCUGCCCUCAGUAUGACACACUGGAUGUUUGACCAGGAGGCACUGCAAGAAUAUAUCCUGCUCUGCUGCCAGUGUCCUGCAGGUGGCCUUUUGGAUAAACCGGGCAAAUCACGGGAUUUUUACCAUACCUGCUAUUGCCUGAGCGGACUAUCGAUAGCGCAGCAUUUUGGUAGUGGAGACCUCCUCAAUGAAGUUGUUUUAGGAGUGCCAGAGAAUCGUCUGCAGCCUACCCAUCCUGUCUACAACAUCUCCCCUGACAAGGUGGUGCAAGCGGUGAUGCACUUCUUGAAGAAGCCUGUCCCAAGCCCAAAAGAGGAAAGUGCUACCAACUGAGAGGGGGCCACUGCCUUGAUAGGCCUCUUGCAGGCUCUCGUCCAGCUGUUCAGCCCACAGGUGCUGGAAGGUUUCCUGGUCGUGGUGAGGCCCAGCCAUGGAGCUAACUUUGGUUUCUUUUUUUCCAAAUUGGGCUCAACUUUUAUAUGUGUGACUUUCAAGUGGGCUCUGCUGGCCAUACCAAAAACCUCUGUUUUCCACUGCUUGUGUAGCAGUGGCGGCGGCAGUAUAUGCUUGGAUAUGGGUGCUGCUUGCUCCUGUGAGGAGACUGGGCCCUUGGAAAGCAGGAGCAGUUUGGGGUUUUGAAAAUAGUGCAGCAUGUUAAUAUCCCUUAGCAUUCUGGCAGGCCAAGGCUGUUGUUUGAUUUGCACUAUACUAAGCAUCUUAGAAGGGCAGCUUUCUAACUUGGCUGUGUACCAGCAUGGCGAGAGCUGGUGCCCUCAUCCCAUCCCCUUACAGGCAAAUGUCUUUUUUGUCCAUUCAUAAUCCCCGAGAUUGUCUAAGUACGGCAAGCCAAGAGAUUGGAUUGAGCAUGGGUAGAAUCAACGUGUGAAAAGAUACACAAAGUGAAUAGCGUGCAUAAGUUACACUGUAGAGUUGUGUCUCAGUUUGCUGAAAGGUCUCUUUCUGCCUUCAACAAAAUGAGGCAGUGGCAAGAAGUAUGUAUCUGUGCAAAAUCCUUUUCCUUGCAAAUGAAACUAGUUUGCCCAGGGGUGGGAUUGACAAUUAUGUAAUGAUGUCUGUGCAUUUUAUUAAAAAAUACUAAUUUCUUUCUUA